AAAUUCUCCCAGCAGAUGUGUUUGCAGUAGACUAUUUAGCAAAGGUUUAGGGUUUACGUCGCGGUCAAGACUUCUGUCUUUGCCGCUAGGAAGUUGAUUCCCUGCCACUGUGUCCUGUCCUGCUCGGCGACACAUCAGCGCUAGCUACAAGGCGUGAAAUUGAAGUGUACCACCUGAAGCAGAACACAGAGACUGUGAGUGGGUCAUCAGGCAGUCUCCUUAUGUCAGGCCGAAACGGGUCUGCUAGUGAUGCAGACUGCCGGAUCUCUGAGGACUCCCCUGUCCCAGAUGUUGAGCUGAUGGAGCUGGGGCCGCUGCUGGAGGAGGGAGGGGGACGGCAGGCGGCAGCGCCUAAAGGCGUCCACCCAGAGGGAGCCACGAUGCUUGCCAGUGAAGAGGAGGAGGAUGAUGAGGUGGGGGAGGUUCUGACUCUACCACUCCAGGCUCACCACGCCAUGGAGAAGAUGGAGGAGUUUGUGCACAAGGUUUGGGAGGGGCGCUGGAGGGUCAUCCCGUUUCACGUCCUGCCAGAGUGGCUGAAGGACAAUGAUUACCUCCUGCACGGACACCGGCCUCCUAUGCCCUCCUUCAGGGCCUGUUUUGGAAGCAUCUUCAGAAUUCACACUGAGACAGGAAACAUCUGGACUCACCUGUUAGGGUUGAUCUUGUUCCUGUGUCUGGGCACGCUAACAAUGCUGCGGCCCAACAUGUAUUUUAUGGCCCCGCUGCAAGAGAAAGUCGUGUUUGGGAUGUUCUUCCUGGGAGCCGUGCUCUGCCUCAGCUUCUCCUGGCUUUUUCAUACUGUCUACUGCCACUCUGAAAAAGUGUCUCGCACCUUCUCCAAGCUUGACUACUCUGGCAUCGCCCUCCUAAUCAUGGGCUCCUUUGUGCCCUGGCUGUACUACUCCUUCUAUUGCUCCCCUCAACCUCGACUUAUCUACCUCACCAUUGUGUGUGUCCUCGGCAUUGCCGCCAUCAUUGUUGCCCAGUGGGACCGUUUCUCUACGCCUCGUCACAGACCCACAAGAGCAGGCGUGUUCAUGGGUCUUGGACUGAGUGGCAUUGUCCCCACCAUGCACUUCACCAUUGAGGAGGGCUUUGUUAAGGCCACCACAGUCGGACAGAUGGGUUGGUUCUACCUGAUGGGCGCCAUGUAUAUCACUGGUGCUGGUCUGUAUGCAGCCAGGAUCCCCGAACGCUAUUUCCCCGGCAAAUGCGACAUCUGGUUCCAUUCUCAUCAGAUCUUUCAUGUUCUGGUCGUGGCCGCAGCGUUCAUACAUUUCUACGGGGUUUCCAACCUGCAGGAGUUCCGCUACGGCCUCGAGGGAGGAUGCACAGAUGACACUCUGCUCUGAGAGGCCUGACUGUGACUUCAAUAUACUUUUCUUUAUAGCCCCCUCCACACACACACACACACGCGCGUACAGACACAUACACACAAAUACGCACACACAAAAUGCUGCUGGAAUUGAAUAUAGUCUCUUAUUGCUCCUUCUGUACUUCUGAUUUGCUAAUAUCUCGUUUGGGUUUUAGUGGUAUUUCUGCUUUGGCUCUUUUUUGCUCCAAUAAAGUAGCAUUAACUAGCCAUUGUGCUAUGGAGGGAACAGGCACUAGUCGUUACUACAAUAAUUAUGAACCUUGGGGUCAGCAUUUUUGUAAAAAAAAAAAAAAAAGAAAGAAAGAAAGAAAAGAAAAUACUGGAUUUUAACCAAACCAAUAUUCUCUUCUUAGAAGCUCGCUAGUACCCCAGCAUCUGCAAUGUCUGUUACAAUCACACAGAGGGUACAGAGUAUUAUUUGUGCUGUAGCAGAAGGCACAUACUGUAAACCAUUUCUUUUUCCCCACUCCCAUCCUCUUUCAUCUCCCAGGCAGGUUAGAGGUUGAAUGUACUGUAGAUGUGGAGGUGUAUCGUAGAGUAGUCCAGGACCGUUUUAUGCUUGAGAACUUACACAUGUCGCCAGAUAUUGUUGUUUUAUUGUUUUUUUUAACUGACACUGAUUGUUCAUCUGUCCGUUAAAAAAAAGAUUACAGCCCACAUACACCCACUCAGCAAUAAAUUAGGAGCUGUACUCCGAGAGCCUCCAACAUCUAAAUUUAUGCUGUUCAGGGUGAUUUUGUGACACACGAACAAACACAUUUACUGUAAUGUUAAUUAAUCUUUACGCCAUAUCCUGUUAAAUAAACCAAUAAAUCAAUUUCAAUCAAAAUUAAACUAAUAGUUUAGGGGAUCUACUUACUGAAUGUGUCUGGAUAAGACAAGUGAAUCAUGGGGUUGGAUAUUUCUCUUUCUUGCAAUUCUAUUCUGAAAGUUCAUGUUCAUUUGACACUUCAUUUGAAUUGAUGGAUGUCCCAAACAAUUUUCAACUAAUUUACUUUCAGAUUCUUUUAUAACACAGAAAAGCUGUUAAAGUUUGUAGCUGCUGUGGAAAAAAAUAUAUACCCGCUUAGUUCAGGUAAGACUAUAACGAGAACUACCAUGUUGUUGUGGAUUGAUCAAUCACAGCAUUUUCACUGGUCACUGGUGGUUGACUUUAAAGAGUAAAGUUCCUGGGCUACGCACAAUGUACAGAUCUGGAUCCGUUAAACUACAUUUUGGUCAACUAGAGGUUUUUGUUUUUGUUGUGUUAGAUUUCAGAUGCAGUGAGAGGUGUAAAUAAAUGCACCUCUGUGUAUACUAUUAAAUUCAAAACUUUAAAUCACCAUAUGAGGUUUAAGACGUGUUCUGUAUGAUUGAUAUAAUCUUUUAGUAUUCCUGUGCCUUAGGCCAAUGGAAAUGUUUUUGAAUAAAAUGGCCUAUCUUACCAGUCAAGGGAGCGUCAAGGAUUUCCAGAUGUUGACUUUUCUUGUUUUCCUUGCCAUAUAUAUAUAAUACACAUAUAUGUAUGUGUGUGUGUGUGUGUGUGUAUAUAUAUAUAUAUACGUACAUACAUACACACACACACACAUACGUAUAUGUGUAUAUAUACAUACAAUAGAAUCAUUAUUGAACUUACAAUUCCACUGAUAGGUUGUAUGAACUGCUGUUUAAGACUCCUUUUUCUAGAUGAACUUAUUCAAGCUUUAUUACAAAGACUAAAAUGACGUGUAUUCUUGAUUUUGUGUAAUGUCCUGUGUAGAAAAGUGAUAAAUCAUACAUUUCACUGAAAUGUAAACCUGAAUAUUUAUUAAUGGUAAUCUUGGAAAAUUAUUGUAAUAAAUUUUUUUCCACAUGUA